AUGAUAUCAGAUGACAUAUAUUGGGUACCUCAAGGAGUCAAGGUUGAUUGCACAAUCGACGAUUUAAUCCAACCCAAAGUGAUAAAUUUUGCUCCCUUCUAAUUUGAUUUUAAUCAAAUAGCUAAACCAAUAGAAGAGAAGAAGGAGAAAAAUAUUGAAGAUGAAAUUUUGGAAUUAUUGGGAAUUACUGAAAAAGAUUUGUUAUUGGAAUCAGCACUUUAAACUUAUGAUCAUAAAUUAUACGUAGAGGAAUUAAUUUAAGAAGCUUUACAAGAUAAAUAACAAUAAAUACAAUAUUCACCAUAACAAAAAUCUAACUCGUUUAACAGUUCAUUUAAAACAUUGUAUGAACGAUAAUAUUUGUCUUAUGCAGACAGCACCUUUAAUUUUGAAGAAGAAAUUAACUUUAAAACUCCAGAUCUGGCCUCUUUAAAAAUUUUAGUGGAAUAGUAUUGUAAUGAUAAAGAAGACCUUGAGGAUUUGGAAUAGUAUUUGGCGAAUAAUCAAUAAAGUAAAAUAAUUCACAAAUUUUCCCAAUUAAGAGGUUAAGCAAGAUAAUUGGUUUUCAAUUAUAUAGAUUUACAAUAAAAAGAUAAUUAAUUUAUUGAGAUUCUUUCCUAAAAGUUGAAAGAACUUUCUCUUAUCAAUUCAGUCAAGACAGAAUAUUUACUUGACUAUUUUAAUAAGGAUUAAUUGAGGAACAUAUUAGACAAUCAAAUACCAAUAGUGAGAUUUAAAAUACUAUAAAGUCUAAAAAAAGAUGAUAAGUUGAUGAUUGAAUAUUUUGAGUUGAUAUGUUAAUUGCAUCCUGAUCAGGUUAUAACAGAACUAUAGAAGGGAGGUUAUCCUUAAGAUGAAUGUCUAAAGCUGUGUAGAUACUAUGGUAAUUUGAAAGGUUUAGCCUAUUUAUUGGAGAGAAGUGGAUCAGUAUUGGAGGCAAUUAAUUUAUAAUUCGACUUAUUUAUUUAAGGGUUAAAGUAAUAAUUGCAAAAGAAUCCAUAAUUAAUAGAAGGAUAGAAGGAUUUAUAUACUUAUAUUUCUGAGACCUUAGAACCUACUUUGAGUAUUUGUAGAGCAAACACUAAAAGAAAUGAUGAUGAGAGUGAUAACAAUUGGUUUUAGGUUUUAAUUAGAUUGACAAAAUUAAGGUAAGAAUUCUACAAAAUUCGAUUCUUUCCUGCUUUAAGAUGUUUUAACUCGCAUUUUACAAGGUUGUUAGAAGAGGUUUUGGAGAAAACGAAAAUCAAAAGUUUGCUUGAAAAUUUAAAUGAGACUAUGAAAUAUUUUGAGUUCCAAGAACUGAAGUCAACAUUUUCUUAACUUCUUUCGGGUUAACUAUAUGAAUUAGCUAUUUAUGGUUAAUCCACAAUGCUUAUAAAGCAAACCUGUAAUAAGUAUUUGAAUUCUUUGUAUAACUAAUUGCAAUCAGGAAUCUCAGUUGAUAUUUAUUGCACUCAUUGUUAGAAACUAAUAGAAAUGGCCUCUAAAGUAUAUAUUGAUUGCAAACAUACAUUUCACAUUGAAUGUUCUUCAGAACAACUUUGUAAGGCGUGCAUAAAUAACUUUGGAAUUUUAAUCAAUAAGUUAUUGACUCUAUACACCAACAGGAAGAGUACAAGAAUGCAAGUACCUAUCUAAACAGUUGAAUCUAAUCAACAAAAGGAGGAGGACAUAAAUUAAAGACAAAGUAAAUUAAAUAAAUUAAGGGAGUUUGAUUAUUUAAGAUAAACUAAUAAAGGGUAUUGA